CAGGCUGGCCCGCCCGCCACCGCCGGGCCGGUAACGACCAGAAGUACUAUGGAACCUCUGCAGCCCUGCAGGUUUGGAAGGCUUAAAUCCAAGUUUGGAAAGGCUUUUUCCAUUCUAGAUGAUUUGCUGGCUUAAGCGCUUAAUUAGGAUGGCUUUUGAACAGGUUGGAUUAAACAUGGAAUCAGUACUUUGGUCAAGUAAGCCUUAUGGUUCAUCUCGAAGUAUUGUAAGAAAAAUUGGUACUAACCUCUCUCUUAUACAGUGUCCAAGAGUUCAGUUUCAGCUUACUUCUCAUGCCACAGAAGGAAACCAUCCUAAUCAACUUAAAGAAGAUGCAGUGGCCUCCUUUGCAGAUGUGGGAUGGGUUGCUCAAGAAGAAGGUGAAGUCUCUACAAGGCUCAGGUCAGAAGUUUGGUCAAAACCAGCCCAGCCUCUUUCAGGUGAACUACAUCAUUCUGGAAAGUCCCCAUGCAGACAGAUGUCCUUACAAAACUCAUUGGAAGAACCACCAGUGUCCAGGAGCACAGUGACGGCAAAUGAAGAAGCUCUGCAGAAGAUCAGUGCUCUAGAAAAUGAACUAGCCACUUUAAGAGCACAAAUAGCCAAAAUCGUAAUCUUGCAAGAACAACAGAACCUGACAGCAGCUGGGUCAAGUCCAGUUGCUUCAGCUGCUGUCCCUGUUGCGCCUCCACCACCACCUCCUCCUCCUCCGCCACCGCUCCCUCCCCCAGGUCUACAAAAGAGUAUGUCUGCAAUUGAGCUCAUUAAAGAAAGGAAAAACAAAAAAACGAACUCUGGACAGAAUCUGACAGAAAAUGGGCCAAAGAAGUCUGAAAUACCAAACAUGCUAGAAAUCCUCAAAGACAUGAACAGCGUGAAACUACGCUCAGUGAAAAGAUCAUCAGAAGGUACAAAAUCUAAAGUUGCUGACCCUACAGAUCCUGCAGCGUUAAUAGCAGAAGCGCUCAAAAAGAAAUUUGCUUAUCGAUACCGAAAUGAUAGCCAAAGUGAAACAGAAAAAGUAAUUCCAAAGACUGAAACAAAGACAAAGACUGAGGUAGUGCUGUUCGGACCGCACAUGCUGAAGUCCACAGGAAAAAUGAAGACUUUAAUUGAAAAAUCUUAACAUAUUAAGGUCACUACGCAGAAGACUGUUAAGCUGUUUUGUCUACAAUCUUUUAUGUUGCAAAUAGCACUAGUACUGAGUGGUCUCUUACAACACAGGAAAAACCUAAUGUGAAAUGUAGAAUUGAGGCACUAAACAUGUUUGUAUGUGACUUAUCAAGGGGAAUAAAUUUGACCAUUAUACUCAGGUAUUAAUUUUGUAUUCAAACCUGGCUUUCUACUCAGACUUACGUGGUGGUUUUAGUUUAUUAACACUAAGUUAUAUAUACAACAUUCUUUGUGCAUAACUGACCACCUUAAAAAUUUGUGUACAUGUUAAUAAUGAUAGUGAUACACCCUUAAGUUAAUACCAAUUAUUUGAGCUCUAACUAUAAGUUGCACUACAGUGUUUAGUUUGAUACUGAAUUUUUCAUGUUGAAAUCUUUCUUUUAAACUUAAUUUUAGCAAAUUUUUAGCCCAAAGAAAACCUGAAUGCAUUCUGCUUCCUACUGAAAGAAAGUGAAAACUUAAAUCUGCUGCAGAGGCCACCUGGUAUGAGACAUUUUAAGUAGUAGCACACUUUUGUGCGGGUUUUUUUGUUUGUUUGUUUGUUUCAAAAGACUUGCAAGGGUAAGAGAGCAAAACCUACUUGUAUCGUCCUGUGGCCAAGGUAAAGAGUGCGUGACAAGUGAAUAAAUCAUGCUGUGGGAGCCUCUAUGAAUAGGUAGUCCAAUGAAUUUGAAAUAACCAGUAGAUAGCAGCAGAGUAAAAUAAUUAAUGUCAGAGUACGUGUUAACUAGUGUAGAAGUGGUGUAGAUAAGAAAAAAAAGGUACAAAGUACUGUGGGGUGCAAGUUGCCAAAAGUAUAUUGCUCAUCUCAGCUGUGCUAAGAGAUGCUCAUGGACACCUUUUUACCCCCAGCUGUCUUGGGUCCCUGGAUAGGUUUCUAGCAGUUGGGCACUGCACAAGCCCUCACGGUCCUGUUUGCAGGGAAGAGAUGGUAUAAGCUGUUGCACAUAACCUGUCUUCCAGGGGAAGCCCUUUUGGGGACUUCCUGUGGCAGCUAUUUGCUGCCAGACCUGUGCAGAGCUACUUCAUUCACCAACCACCAGAGCUCACGUCUCCAGCCACAGAUGUAGAAAGGGCUCAAGCUAAAAAUAAAAUUCAGGUUGAAAAAAGCUGUUUAGGAACAAGAGAGCUACAACUUAGCUGCACACUUAAACGAAGCCAGGGUUUGCUCUGACUCUAGAUGAGCGUAGAAAAAGCUGAGUCUGGGUAUUUCAGUGUUCUAAGUUGAUCUGGCUACUGGAACAAGUACAAGUGCCUCUUGGAGCUUCUGUUUUCUAGGAAAAGAAAAAAGCAGCACUUCUUAAAUAAAGACAGCUGAAUGGCUCUGGCGAGGUUACUGAAGAUGACUGAAGCUUUGCUGCUUGUAACUGGAAUGUAGAUUGUACAAUCGAGGAGGAUGUUUUCUGGUGUGAAACUUGAAAUGGUGUUAAUAUGUACACAAUGUAACUUCCUUCCAAAACGCUCUGCCAUUGGUCUUACUGAUAGGUCAUUAAAUCUUUGUGUUCUUUUAAAUGCCUUUAAAAGACCUUUUUGACAGUUAAUUUUGGUUUCAAGUUUUGUAUUUAAUGCUCUAUUGCCACUAUAUAAAAUUAAAAGCAGUUAA